AUGGCCACUGAGUCCGGCGGCGAGGAUUCUUGGACCCAGGUCCGCGGUGCUAAACGCCCGAGUGCCGAGUCACCUCCAAGCAACACCACCACCUCGCCUUCCCAAACUCAUCGUUCUGCAAAACACACAAAACAUGGCAGCGCUCGCCACGACCGUAACCAUGUUUUCCCUGACCCCAUGACCACCCCGCUUCGCCCUCACGCCCGCCACUCUGCCUCUACCGCCCGUGCCUCGUCUCAUGUGCCCUCGACGUCCCCCGCUGCCGGUGCGACCGAGUCUUCGGCACGUGCCGUCGUGCCCGCGGCCGAGCCAGUGACCAGGACGUCAAACGGCGGUGGGGAGCAACAUCCCAGCCUCGGAAACACUUCCAAUGCUUCUCCCCGCACCCCUCGCACGCCAUCCAGCCCUCGCUCCUUUGCUCAAGUUGCUGCGGCAAUGCCUCCCGCCGCCACUGCCACAUCUUCGGCCCCUGUGACCGAGGAUUUGUCAGCAUCGGUGCCCUCUGAGCCAAAUGGCAGCGGGGAGCAGCAACCCUCGCCCGAGUCCACAGGGCAGACACAUCAUUCGAUUCCUAACACACCAUCGGAUUUUUUGACCAUGUCUUCGGACGAAAGCGACUCCCCUCCUCGCUCCACCGCACUCCGCGCGCCCACCCCUAUCGCCCCUGCCGCGCAUGAUGGUGCCGGUGACACAAACGGCAGUGCCACGCCUGAGCCAUUGGUGCAAUCAUCUACACCCGCUCAAAUGGUGCUGCCAUAUCCAUCGGGUACACAACAAACCCAUUCCGAUCCCUCUCCGCCCUCUGCUUCACCCCCUGCCUCUGCCAUUUUGCCCGCUGCCGUUUCACAUCCAGUCGAACACAGUGAGCAUACAAACUCAGCCCCACUUGGCGAAGUCAGUGAGAGUGAAACACACAAUACAGCGAGCGAACACAGUGAGAGUGAGCAAGAUGUUCUUCUCAGCGAUCCCGCUCCGUCCAUCGCUGCCAACGUGCUGGAUGCCCAGCGCAAGGUCCUGCUGAAGACAUCUGGCCACAGGCAACUCCUCGCCUGCCCAUUUGGGCUUUGCAAAUGCAAGGGGCCCCGCCUUGACCGCAAAGCCUGGGUCAAUCAUGUACUACGCGAGCACCCCUACGACGAGCAAGCCACUGAUCUGGUCAAGCAGGUGAUGGAGGCCAAAUUGGUCGCCCAGUGCAACAAGUGUCACCUCUUCUUCGAAGCUACUGGUAUCAGUCAACACCGCUCCCGAUGUGGUGCCAAUCUGAAGCGAGCGACCGAGGCGUUGUUUCAUGCGGCUGGACACGACCUGCUUGAGAUUAUGCGUGGCGCUUGGCCCCAACAGUGUGUAGGGUCUCGCAUCAGUGUCUGCGAGCUGCUCAAGCUCGCCCGGCAUCCACUGAUGCAGCGCAGCCGCUACCCAUCCAACGCCACCGAGACCAAGCUGAUGGCUGCCACCUUGAGCCAGCUGUAUUGGUCUGCCGUCCAUUCAGACUAUACCGCUGAAGAGCGAGAGAUGUGCUGGGCUUUGAUUUUGGCCUUGCCUAGCAUGUUGUUGUCUGCUCCCUCGACCGCACUGUCUACGAUUGACCUGCGCAAUAUGUUUCACGAUCGUCUCCGUUGGCUUGUGACGGGGCAACUAGGUCGGGUCGUGGACGCCAUGCGCAAGGCAGUCGCACGCAAGCAGAGCCGUCGAGGACAGCUGAACGCCGGCGCGGGCGCCCACCCGAACGACGCAGUCGACCAGAGCCUCAGGUCGCUCGUCCGCGACCCGGACCUGGCGGACGAAGCCUGGGCAAACCACGUCACGAACCGUCUGAACCGAGGUCAGAUUGCCAAAGCAUUUGAUGCCGACAAGGCUCGUGCCGUGAUUGGUAAUUCUGAGGUUCAGGCCGUGCGCGACCUCUUGGUACCGCCCGGGCUGACCCCGUUCAUUGCUUCGACACCCGCCUCCACGUCUACACUGGCACCAGCCACGGCUGUGAGCUCCCCAACCGUGUCUUUCACCAAGGGUGAGCUCCCCAAGGCGUUGGCGGCCACCAAGGGUGUCACCGACCCCUAUGGUUGGUCUGGUGAGCUUCUUGCCUCCAUCUACCGCAUCAAGGAGCACUUCAGUCAAGUCUUGGGCCCACGCCAGGGUCCUACCAGCGAUUUGACUGCUCCUUCUGAUGGAGACGCGCCUCAGGGCCCCACCACCGCGACUGGAGGUCCUCAGGUUGCCUUGAACAAGAUCUUUCACCACAUUGCCAACAACACCGUACCCGAGUCGAUUCGACAUGCCCUUUGCUCCAUCAACUACACUAUCCUGGAGAAAGCCAACGGCAAGUUUCGACCCGUGGGCACGGAUUCCAUCUUCAACAAGGUUGUCAACCGCGCUCUGCUCAAACAACAGCAGCCCCAUAUUGCCCACUUACUACAGGCCAGUCCAGAGCUGGCCCAAGUGGGCAAUAUGGGGCUGCUGUUGCUCGAGCAGAGCGCGGUUGACAACCUUGUUGAAGAUGGAAUCCGUGCCCACGGGUCGAAACUUGCCGUUGGCUUUCUCCAGGAUAGUGUAGUUGAUGGAGCAAAGGGCAUGUCGAAUCGACUCGGGCACGGUGUUGUUGGCAAUGUGGUGAAAGAUCUUGUUCAAGGCAACCUGAGGACCUCCAGUGGCGGUGGUGGGGCCCUGAGGCGCAUCUCCAUCAGAAGGAGCAGUCUGGUCGCUGGUAGAACCCUGGCGUGGGCCCAAGACUUGACUGAAGUGCUCCUUGAUGCGGUAGAUGGAGGCAAGACAAAGGAACAUGGAUUGAAGCAAGGCAAAGGAACAAGACAGAACAAGACAGAAGGAGGGAAGUGGAACGACCGAGGUCAAGAAGGAAAAUGGUACCGAUCCAGGGAGAUGUUUGAACCUCAGAGCUGA